AUGGAUCGUAUUUUUCUUGCAGCGAGCUCUGGCAAGCUGGACAAUCUGAUAGCCAUCUUCGAAGGCAGAGCCGGCAUUGACACGAGAGAAAUCAGCAUACAUCUACCAAAUGAAGAAGGUCAAUUCCUUAUCCAUGUUGCUUCGCAGCGUGGCCAUACCGAUAUUGCAAAAUUCCUCGUUAAUCUAGGAGCUCAGUUGGACCAAGGAGACAGGUACGAGAAUACAGCUCUACACUAUGCUUCGUCGUGUGGUAAAUUGGAUGUGGUGCAGUAUCUCUUAAGCAAGGGCGCGGAUAUUGAAAAGUGUGAUAUGAAUCGCGUGAGGGCACUUCACUGCGCUGCAUCUAAAGGUAAUCUAGAUGUUGCUAUUUGCCUUAUCAGAGAAGGAGCUGAGAUUGAGGCUGUACAAAAGGACGGGAGGACGCCUCUUCACUACGCAUCUUGCUAUGGUCGCGGUGCUGUGGUUGGGUAUCUUAUCAGUAAGAGGGCACAACUAGAUGCAGUAGAUAAUCAUGGUCGGACUCCUCUCCUAGAGGCUUCGUCCAAUGGUCACGUGAACGCUGUUCAGUAUCUCACGACGAAAGGAGCAGAGUUGGAGAAAGUGGAUGACAAAGGAAGAACGGCAUUGCUCGAAGCAUCCAGCAAUGGUCACCUGAAAGUUGUCGAGUAUCUCCUUGGUAAAGGGGCGAAGCUGGAGAUAGAGGAUAAAGAUGGCCGAACACCUCUCUACUAUGCAUCACUCAAUGCCCACCUGGAUACCGUUCAGUGUCUUCUUGACAAGGGAGCAACGCUUGAGAAACCUAAAAGGGAUGGUUUAACCCCUCUCAUUAGGGCAACAUGCAGCGGUGAUCUUCCAGUGAUGAAGUACCUAGUAGAUAACGGAGCCAACCUUGAUGCAGUUAAUAUAAAAAACAUGUCACCACUGCAUUUUGCCUCAUCCAAAGGGUACCUUGACGUGGUUCAAUAUCUCGUUAGUAAAGGGUCACACUUAGACAAGGUGGACAAAGAUGGUUUGACGCCGCUACAUUAUGCAUCAGCCAAUGGCCAUACCGAAGUUACCAGGUUUCUUGUAGACACAGGAGCAGAGACCGAGAAAGGAAGCACGACUGGUGUGACACCUCUUCACUUUGCAGCUGCAAAAGGUCGUCUCGAUGUCGUUAGGUAUUUCAUUGGUGAAGGACUAGACCUUGAACGAGUGGAUGAUUCUGGUGAAACAGCUCUUCACAAAGCCGCAUCCAAUGGUCAUCUUGGUGUUGUCCGCUUACUCAUCUUAAAAGGAGCACAAAAGGAUGAAGGUGAUAAAGACGACAUUACACCUCUGCAGAAGGCAUCUUUCAAUGGCCACCUGGACGUUGUCGUACUUCUCGUCUGUCAACAAGCGCAACUUGACAAAGGUGACAGUAAAGGAAUAACUGCCCUUCACUGCGCAUCCGCCAGAGGUCAUCUGAAAGUUGUCCAGUAUCUCGUGAGCAAAGGAGCCAAAGUUGAAAAUGUUGACCAUGAUGAUGUCCCUAGCCCAUUACAUUGCGCUUCCAAGCUUGGUCACCUGGAUAUUGUCAAGUUUUUCGAAAGUCAAGGUGCACUUCUUGAGAAGGGUGAAAGUACCUAGAUGACGCCUCUCCAUCUUGCGUCACGUUGGAUAUCUCCUGGAUAAAGGGCACCGCCUGGUAAGAUCGACGAAUGCGGUAUGACAGCGACAUUCAUGGCAUGCUCUGAGUUAACCUAAAAACAGUUCGCCAACUGGUCAACAGAGGGGCCUUCUCAGCACAGAUGAUGACGGAUUGGGAAUACGCUUCUCUAUACAGCAACCAACGGCCAUCUAGAUGUUAACCAGCAUCAGGAAGAUCGAGGUGUAUAGGUUUUGUCCAUAGUGACAACAGCGGAAAUAUUCUCUUCACAUAAUUCGGUGGCCAUCUUGACCUACUGCGGUACCUUCUUUGUCAAGGAGCCAACACGAGAUUGGCAAUGACGAUGUUCACACUCCUGUUCAUUUGGCAGCUGCUAAUUGCCAUAUCUUCUCUGUCACGGUGACUGGGCAGCUGGAAGCGAUCAACAAAUCAAAAAUUAAUUUCAUGAGCUGCAUAUUUUUUCAAUAAUAACAACCAAAGCACGUUUUUAUUUCACAUCUCACCAAACUGUUUAGCAUGUAUACAUGUGACUUAGAACCGAAAUGGACAAGUGAUUUGCAUUACUUUUAGAGGAUUCAAUAAAUCUUCAAGUAGACUUUAAAUAGCCGUUAAGUUAGUUGUUUGUCAUGCAAUUUACAGUUCAUUACUAAGUAAUAUCUGAAGGUUUCCAUGGCGAAGAAGAAUAGUGUAGUAGAUUUCACGGUACACCAUGUAUCUUU